AAAAAAAAAAAUGACUAAUCUGGCUGUGCUGCUUUACUUCAAUGGACGAUGGGAUCCUAGCAACAAAUAUACUAAUUACGUGGCAGAUGGUGUGUUGAUAAAUACGAAAUCAAACUUUGCCACCCUCGUUUCUAUAAUUGCUACUCAAUUGUCAAUAGACACAUCAACAAGUAAAGUUGAAAUCAGAUAUAAAAUUGAUGAAAGGUCUCCUCCAAUUCAAAUUCAUAAUGAUAUGGGGGUAAAAGUAUAUGUUGAAACCAAAAAGGAACAUCGAGAUAUGGCAAAAUACCCUUUGUGUGUCACAACAACUGAACCAGUCAACUUGGAGACUAAUUCUACACUCAUUCCACUAUUAUGUUCAGACACUUCAGAAGAUAUGAGGGUUAUACACAAUUCAUACUUCUCUAAUACAUUUAAUGGUAUUGGUGAGGCAAUAGGGUUAAUUGGCUUUGGAUCAUGUGAGGAAGUUGAUGAGCUAGAAGAAUUAGCACCAGGCAUCAUUGUUAAUCCCAAUCACUCUUUAUUUGAGAAAGAUCAAGUGUAUAAGAAUAAAUAUGUCCUCACCAGUGCACUAAAAAGACAUUCCAUUCUUAAGCAUUUUCAAUUCAAGACAACAAGAUCAAGCUCAAUCAGGUAAGACCUAAAUUCAAGUCACUUUAAAUUAUUGAUUGUAUAUUAAUUUUUUUCAACAGCUAUUCGAUACAGUGCUUAGGUGAAAACUGUAGUUGGAGUUUACGAGCUUCAAGCUUGAACAAAUCUCAAAUGUUCAAGAUUAGAGAAUUUGAAAGUGAACACACAUGUUUGUUGCUACAUAAUUCAUUAUCGGAAAGGCAAGCAACUAAGAGUGUUGUUGGGAGUAUUAUUGUCAGUAAAUGUGCUGAACCAGAUGUUAUUUACACACCAAAAGAUAUACAACGUGACAUGUUAGCUGAAUAUGGUGUGCGACUCACAUAUAUGCAAGCAUGGAGAGCUAAAGAAGCAGCUCUUGAAUUAGUCCGGGGUGAUCCAAUUCAAUCAUAUGCAAAGUUGCCAAGCUACUUUCACAUACUAGAGGCAACUUACCUUGGUUCCCAUAUAAGAUUGCACAAAUCAGAGGAUGACCGUUUUCUAUAUGCGUUUGUAGCUUUGUUCACCUCGAUAAAAGGAUGGGAAUAUUGUAGACCAAUUGUAGUUGUUGAUGGAACUUUCUUAAAAGGAGCAUACAAAGGGACACUACUAACCGCUAAUACCUUAGAUGCAGCAGGGAGUAUACUGCCACUUGCUUAUGCCAUUGUUGAUUCAGAGAAUGAUGCAUCUUGGAGGUGGUUUUUUGAGCAAUUCAGAGACGCAUUCGGUCAAAGAUUAGAGAUGUGUAUCGUUUCCGAUAGGCAUGCAAGCAUUAUUAAGGCAGCUUCGAGAGUCUAUGAUGAAGUACCUCAUUUUGCGUGUAUGUGGCACUUACUGCAAAACAUAAUGAAAAACUUCAGAAAAAGUCAGCAAAGGGUAACUGAGUUGUUCUACUCUAUGGCAAAAACAUACACCAUGACACAAUUUAAUCAAUGUAUGACAAUAGUUGAGAAAAUAGAUAAGAGGAUCAAAGAUUACUUGCUGAACAUUGGAUACAACAAAUGGUCGCGUGUGCAUGCUGAAGUAAACAGAACUUGGAUGAUGACGUCAAAUAUAGCAGAAUCAGUCAAUUCAAGAACAAGACAUGCCAAAGUUCUUACAGUCUUACACCUCUUGGAAUUCAUGAGACAGCUUGUCCAGAAAUGGAAUAACAAUAACAGAUCAAAGGCGACAUUUUCAGGUUUUCACCUUGGGAAAAAGUAUGAAAAUAUAUUGCGGCGCAAUAAAACUGCAUCAGAGAAAUUAAGGGUUAUAGAGACAAAUAAAUAUGUGUAUACGGUACUUGAUGGUAUUACACAAUUCACAGUUUGUCUUCACCAACGUACAUGCACAUGUGGGAGAUUUCAAUUGGAUGAGUUGCCAUGUCCACAUGCUUUGGCUGUUUUAACAAUAAAGCACACUGGUUAUGAGAAAUAUUGCUCUGAUUACUAUACAAGAAAAAAAUUAUUGCUGACAUAUCAGUUUCAAAUGAAUCCCCUGCCAGAUGAAAGCACAUGGAACACACCAACACAUGUUCUUGAAGAGGUUGUACUUCCACCUCAUGGAAAGAGACCUCCGGGAAGACCAAAAAAUAAAAGACAUACACAACUCAGAGAAGAUGGAUUCAAGAAGGCGAAAAUUACAUGCAGCAACUGUGGACAACAAGAUCACAACAGGAAGACUUGCAAAAAUGUUAGGCCUUAUGAUCAAGAAUAA